ACUUGAUAUUGCUGGCCGCCCGCCCUCGAUUCUCCUUUCUGGGAUUUGCUGGCUGCUGAGCUGCGGGAGGCGCCGGAUCUGCGCUGCUUUGGCUGGUGAGAGGCGGGAACAGGGCAGUGUGGGGGCGCUGGGCUGCUGAAAGCCGGGGAGGCCGCGGCUCGUUCUCUUCCCCUCUCCUCACUCACUCACUGCCGAGUUGCUGUCUCUUUUGCAAGCGGAGUGCCGGGUUGCGUCAGCGCCUCCCUACCGGGAGCGCGCCGACCAGCCAGGCAGGAGUUCAACAGGUGUAGCUUCGGUUUCCCGCGAAGAUUCGGGCGCUAUAACUUUUUAGGGCUUCCUCCCGCCGCCUCCUCUGCGCGGGGAGGCGCUCUCUGUCCAUGCUCAGACACACACACACACACACACACAAAAAAAAAACCCCGCUUCGUAGAGGCGCCGCGUGACCUCCCCCCUUCCCUGAAAGAAGGUUCCGCAUCUGGAGCAGAUUGCGCCCUGGUGCCCCGCAGGUGGGAGGGGGUUUGGGUUAGCUUGCGGCGGCCCCCGUAAAUAUCUGUCUGCAGGGCAGAGGGGUGUGGGACGGCAUCGAGCUCGCUCCGGGAGGUUGCAUCAUCCAUCUUUUCCCUAUAGUUUAGAGAGUAAGAUCCGGUUGUGAGAAAGACCUGAGCACGCUUCUCUCUCUCAUUCCACACCUUUUCCUGCCGACAUCCUGGCUGGAGUAUUCCCUGAGCUGCUGUUGAUGUUGGUUCCUACCCCAAGCAGCAGACAUCCUCACUGGCGACCAGGGCUGUUUUCCAAAUUCACCACCCCUGCCCUGCCCAAAGCAACCCCUGCCCUUUGGAAAGGUGGGCAAGGCAGUUGUAGACAGACAUCUGUCCCCGUAUCUUCUAUGUAUGUUUGUGUCUCGCCCUGCAAGAGUGAAGUUCAGAUUGGGCGCUUUGGGAUGAAAAAUCAAAUCAGAUUCCUGAACAUGGCAGAGGCAGCCGCUGUAAGGAGACUUGCCAGGAAUUCGGAGAAGGGGAGAACAGUAGCCAAGACAGAGAUCGUAUCAUUCCUGUAGCAUUUUCAUAACAACUGCCAACCCCUUCUAUUGUGUUCACUCCAGAUUACUCUGCCUUACUUCGCUUUUUUUGUGAGGGUCUGAUUUAACUGAUUCUCCUAACUUGCCGAAAUGCCUGCCCCCCGCCCCACCCCGCCCCAAAAUAAUAAUGGAACGCUGAUAUACCAGUCACCCAACUUUCCUGUCCAUCAGUCUGAUGCUGCCGGUACAAUGUUAUGUAUGCAUUUUUCAUUGCAUUAAUUUCAUACAUGUGCAUUUUCUUGUUGGCUAUCUUAUCUAUAUCUUGCUUUUACACUUAAAACCAAUGUCUAAAGUGCCUCUACAAAGAGAAUAUUGGGAAGACUCUGCCCGUAUGAUAGAAUCAUAGAGUUGGAAGGGACCCUGAGGGUCAUCCAGUCCAACUCCCUGCAAUGCAAGAAUCUCAGCUAAAGCAUCCAUGACAGGUGGCCACCCAACCUCUGCUUAAAACCUUCAAGGAAGGAGAGCCCACAACCUACCCGAGGGAGACCAUUCCACUGUUGAACAGCUCCUAGUGGAUCUCGGGGGUGGGGAGAGAAUGCAAGCAAGCCCAGUGGUCGUUGGCUUGCCUCUAUGGACCCUUCAGUCGUUGGUGCUGGCUUCACAGCCGGACAACACCUUUGUGAGGAACCAACCAUGUUGUCAUAAAAGAAUGGCAGGCUGACACAUCCUCUAGAACUCUUCAUUGCAAAGAGUAGGAGGGGGCGGCGGUUGAGGAAAAACAAGAAAGCAAAAAACUACAGAUUUGGGCGGGGUGUUGAUUCAGACUGUCCAGGCCGUGGGAAAUUCCUUGUCCAAUUUCUGGCUUUCAGCUGCUAAAUUAAAAAAGAGUGUGGGUGCGGGAACUGAUCUCUGCCUGGAACAGCCCCUGGCACUAUUCGGUGCUUCUGGCUGCAGCAGUUGCUUGGCUGAGUCCUGUCUCCGUAGUGCCUAAGCAGAGAAGGCAGUGCCUCCCUUUGCUGCCUCUGCAUUGUUGUAGCUCAGUGGGUAGAGCGCAGCGCUGAUAAUGCCAAGGUUGCAAGUUCAGUUCCCAAAUGCAUUGCAGGAGGUUGGACUAGAUCAGCAAACUUUUUCAGCAGGGGGCUGGUCCACUGUCCCUCAGACCUUGUGGGGGGCUGUAUUUUGGGGAAAAAUAAUGAACGAAUUCCUAUGCCCCACAAAUAACCCAGAGAUGCAUCUGAAAUAAAAGGGCACAUUCUACUCAUGUAAAAACACUCUGAUUCCCCGACUGUCCGCAGGGCGGAUUGAGAAGGCGAUCGGGCCUUAGUUUGCCUCCCCAUGGACUAGAUGGUCCUCAGGGUCCCUUCCAGCCAGUGCCGGAUUUAUGUAUAAGCUAAACAAGCAAUAGCUUAGGGCCCCACUCUCUUGGAGGCCCCCCCAAAAAUAAAAGGGAAAAAAACCUGGAUGUACAUUUACAAAAUUUUAAGUUAGAGCUUAAUAAUUAUUUCACUAUUAACAUCCUUCUUAACUGUAUUUCACUACAGUGGUACUUUGGCUUACCACCAUAAUCCAUUCUGGAGGUCCGUUUGUAAACCAAAACAGGUUGUAACCCAAGGCGCGCUUUUGCCAAUGGGGCCUCCAAAAAAUUCGUUCAUAAUCCCCCCCCCCCCCAAAAAGGGUUGUAAUCCUAAAAAAGGUUGCAAACUGGAACACACACUUCCAGGUUCGUCGUGUUUGUAAUCCAAAACGUAUGCAAACCAAGGUACCACUGUAUUAAUAUACUUCUUAAUUGUAUUUCAGUUCAACAAUUACUUUGAUAAAAUACAUACCGUAUUUUUUGCUCUAUAAGGCUCACUUUUUCCCUCCUAAAAAGUAAGGGGAAAUGUGUUCGCGUCUUAUGGAGCGAAUGCAGGCUGCACAGCUAUCACAGAAGCCAGAACAGCAAGAGGGAUUGUUGCUUUCACUGCGCAGCAAUCCCUCUUGCUGUUCUGGCUUCUGAGAUUCAGAAUAUUUUUUUUCUUGUUUUCCUCCUCCAAAAACUAGGUGCGUCUUGUGGUCUGGUGCGUCUUAUAGAGCGAAAAAUAUGGUAUUUUGUUAUGUGCAAAUGGCUUUAGAUACCUAUUAGGUCCAUAAAUUACCAUAUAGCAUAUACAGUGGUACCUCUGGUUGUGAACAGGAGCCCUGUUCGCAACCUUAGGGGACGCAACCCGUGUCUGCGGGUUGCGAUUUGCCACGUCUGCGCAUGCGCGAGCGGCGAAACCCGGAAGUAACCUGUUCCGCAACCUGAAAAUAUUUAACCUGAAGCAAACAUAACAAGAGGUAUGACUGUAUUCAACACAAAAAACAGUGACAAUUUGUUGUUUACAAAGGACAGCUGGACAUAUAAAGGGCCCCAUUACUCCAGUAGCUUAGGGCCUCAUCAAACCUAAAUCCGGUCCUGAUUUCAGCUCUACAAUUCUACAGUCCUGUUAUUCUAAUCCACAGGUAACUCCCAGUAUGAAACACGCCCUCUUAAAACUGGUGCAGUUUUAUACUGUGGGGAAAAACAUUAACAAUACUCACUUGAAGGAAUAUGCCUCCGAGCACCAUUGCUUUUAUGCAGGUCCUGCUUGUGGGCUUCCUGGGGUAUUCUGGUCAGUCAUUCAAGAGGAGGAAAGUGCUGGAUUUAGAGAGCUGUUGGCCGGAUCCAGCAAGCUGCUCUUAGAUUCUGGUGAAAUCCUGCUUACAGAAUGUGCUAAAGGCAUGCUCUCCAGCAACUUCUGGACUCCAGCUCCUGCCAGCCCCAGCCAGUGUGGCCAGUGCUCAAGGAUGAUGGGAGUCAUGGUCCAGCACCAACCAAAGGGCAGCACAUUUUCCCGUCUCUGCAUUGGGGGGUAGCAGCUUCCAAAAUCCCUUUGCAAAAAACAAUUGCCCCCUUACUGGAGGCAAUGCUAAUAUCUGUGUUCCUCAGAUACACUUGGCCUUGCUGUGAAGUAGCAGGCCGGAUCCCAAUCCUGAGGCUAUAUUGAGAACAGGAUGCAUGAACAGGUCAGGGGGCUUCCAGGAUGAGGAGUGGCUCAGUGGGGCGUUGGAGUAGGUUUAAAGGGCGCUUGUGGUGCUAGCCUCAGGAUCCCAUCUCGUCUGUUUAUCCUGCUAUUGUUACCUGUGGCACUUAAAACUCCUAGGUCUUUUGAAAUCAAGGAAGGGUGGGGAAAACCCUUUCAUCCCUGUGUUUGAGCAUGACUUCUGCUCAAGUUUGCACCCUGGGGGCUACUUCCUGCCUGUGCCUGCCUUAGCUUGGUGACGAAGGAACUGUCUCGCUUGCAGAAGGUCCAGUCUCCAGGCAAAGCGGAGAGAGCGCCUGCUCUGAAACCCCAGAGAGCUGUCACUGCAGAUAGCUCCAAGCUAGAUGGAUUGUGGUCUGACUCUACAUAACGCAGCUUCUGAUGUUCCUUGGCAGCGUGGUAGUGGGGAGCAGAAGAGGGUCAGUUGGCAAGCAGGGGAAGAGGAACUGUAACUGUACCCAGCAUUCCUCAGUCUAUUUGUGCCCAGGAAUCAGAGUACAGUACAGCAGACCUGCUCCCAGCUGCUUUCUGACUUGCCUUGCUGUUUCUCCUCUUCCUAGAAUAUAUCUGUGGGGAAGAAGUGCUUGAUAUUAACUGAGCAGCAAGCAGCUUUUGAAAACAGCCAGGUGGGUACUUCCCUUUGCUCCCAAUUCAGCUCUGCGAAUGUUUCUCCUGUUUGUUCUUAUCCCUAUUGCAUGACUUCCACCGAUAAUAUCGGGAUGAGCUGAGCACUUCCUUGGUUGCAGGAGGGGAGUCUGAGCCCGUGUUCACACACACACACACACACACACACACACACACACACACACACACACGCCCUACUCAGUCAAGCAGGAAUUUUUGUAAGCCUCUGAAUGACACUAAGAACACUUCAGGAAAUUGUGUGCAGUCCCAGCCAGGUGUGUGUUUGUGUCUUGGGUGCUUGGAGUGUUAAGUGCACCAUCUCCCAGAUUUUUUAAUAACUUGUGAGAUGAAAGAGCCAAUUGUACAGAUGAUGCUCUUCUUCCUUCUAGCAAGGGGACAUGGGUGGUUUAGAUCUUUUCUUUGGUCCUCUGCUUCAGAUCUUUCUUGUGGAGCAGCUGACUUUAAAGCAGACCUCAUUAGCACCGCAUUAUAGAUUAGCUCCUGGAGGUUUCAGAGAGUUGGGCAAAGUGCUCUGAAAUGCCUCAGAGCUGCGGUUGAGUAAAUAGAGCCCUAGUGGGAAGGAAUCCCUUCUGGAAAUUGCUCCAGUUUGAAGGCUAGUAGACUAAUCUCUUCCUGGUUUGGGUUUUUUAACAUCUCUAUGGUUUCUGCCUUCCUCAACGUGGGGAUGAUGGGUGGCUUGAAUUGCAGCUCCCAUCAGCCCCCUGCUAGCCUAGCAAAGAGCCGGGAAUUAUGGAAGUUAUAGUCAACAUCUCUGAUCUACAGAGCAAAUUGAGGGGCGGGGUAAUGGGUGAAUGCAGUUAAUUGCCUUGAGGCACUUCUUGUUUUGUCGUUUACUCGUGUCCGACUCUUCGUGACCCCCUGGACCAGAGCAUGCCAGGCACUCCUGUUUUCCACUGCCUCCCACAGUUUGGUCAAACUGAGGCACAUACAAUCUUUUGAAACACAGUGGUGCAUGCUUAAACUUGGUUUUAGUCAAGCCUGAGAGCCAAGGAUUUUCUCUCAUCCAUUCCUUAGGGUCUAUAACAUACUGUGUGUCAUUUAUGGCCUUCCUGAGCUGGAGUGUGGAUCAGUUAGGUUGCUAAGCCAAGUGGCAAGGAGAAUGCACUUUUACGAACAUGGGAAACUGCCCUAUGUUACUGGUCCAUCUAGCUUAGUAUUGUCUGUACUGACUGGCAGUGUCUUUCCAAGGCUUCAGGCAGAGGAUUUUCUCCUUGCCACACUUGGUGAUGCUGGCGGCUGAUCCCAGGACCUUUUCCAUGCCAAACACAUGGCUCUGCCUCUGAGUUGCAGACCUUCCCCAAGGAGGGAAGUUCUGCGAGUGGGAGAAGAAAACCCAGUAACCUCUCUUAAUCUCUCUGCAAGAGACAUGACACCAGCUAGGACCAGCCAGUGGCAUUGCAUGACUUGGGACCCACCCAAAGCACAUUUGAUUCCGUGCCCUGGGUUGCCUCCAAAUGUUGUGUAGCCUGUAGCUUAAUAAGCCAUGCAGAGGGACGUGUGUGUAUGUGUGUGUGUGUGAGAGAGAGAGAGAGAGAGAAAGAGAGAGAGAGAGAGAGAGAGAGAGAGAGAGAGAGAGAGAGAGAAUCCUUCGCAGGCUUGUCAAGGCAAAGUUAAAUGAGUUGAGCAGCUGCAACAGAAGGAAGAGGGCUUGCUUUUCAUCUUCAGUGACUGGCUGAUGCAGUUGGCUGCCUCUUCCUGCAGCUCCUUGUAACUGUCCAGGACUUUUGCCCUCAUCAGUUCACGCUCAGAUGACUCUUCCUCUGUGACCAUCCCUCACUGAGAAAGAGGCCGCAGUAAAAGUGUAACUGCUCAGUGAAUCAUUCCUGCCCAAAAUGGGAACCGGCGAAUUGGCAGGGUGAUGCCCCAGUCUGUCACGGGGAGUGUGGCUGUGCCUAUCCUACAGGCUAUUACUGGGCUGUUCUUUAUCUGAUGUUUCCGACAGGGCUUCCAGAGCAGCAUGAAGGGUCUUGUUUCAGGGUAGGGACUGCUGCUCUCCAGGGAAGAGAUUGGCCUGAGGUUCUAUACUCAGAGUCUUUGCAGGGUGGAAGCCUAAGGCACCAGGAGUGGGAACCUGGGAGGGUGACUGGAAUAAGCGACAAUUGGCAUAUUGAGUGGCCAGCUGCAGUGGGUACAAGCCAAGCACCCCACGGGUUCAGGAGGGCCCCACACACUUUUCUCGGCCUUCCCGCAGUCGCCCAUAGACAAUGGCAGCAAAUCUCUGCUCUCCCCUGCAGUGGCUGCCCACCACUUUUACUGACCCGAAAUGCAAUGCCUUUGCCUAUAUAGCUAGGUGAUUUCGGCAUUGCAUGGUGGCCACCAUGGAGAAGAGCCAAGCCUGGUUCUUAUUCAAAAGUGCAUUGCCACUGAAAUGCUGCCCAGUGGAGAGCGGCUGGCAGGAGAGUCAGUGGGGUGGGGAGUUAUUGCAUAGAGGUGGCCAUGUUGGGGUGGCAGUUGUAAUGGCAGCACUGUGCCAAGGAGCCCCUGAGAUCUGGCACCAGCUCUGCAGCAAGGGCUCUUUCAAGGCCUCAGCUCCACUUGAACAUGGCCAUUUCCAGUGUUGCUCUUCCCACAGGCAGCUCUGCUUGUCCUUCUGAAGGUGUGUGCUGUUUCCUUAUUAAGUUACGCCUCAUGAACGGCUGCCAUCAUAAGGAGACCACCUCUCCGUGUCUGCGCCUCCCUGUUGGGACUCACGAUGGGAGUAGCAGGUGGUGGAGCUCUUCAGGGGGUCUGGCAUUGCUUGGGCUUGGCAAUUACGUUUCCCUCUGGAGCAAACAGAUUUAAUGAAAAGGAGCAAAUGGAGGUGGGGAGGGGAAGGGACUGAAAAACAAGCAAACAACCAAGACCUGUUUCUUGCAUUUUGCAACUUUCAUUAAUGCACCUGUGUUAUUUUUUUUAAUCAACACAUCUUUUUAUUGCGCAGGACUGAGCUACGGUCGCAAAAGUCCUCUUGAUCAGGAUAACAAACAAGGAGAUCUAAGAGCUCAAAAUGCUAAUUCCACAAUAAACCAACUUUUCAGUUAAGCUUUUAAUUUUAACCCAUCCUGUCUUCAGGAGAUUGUAAGAUAAUGCAUUUGGGAAGAAAACUCUGAAACGAACCAUUAAUUCUUGGUACCCGCAAGACACCCCUUAACCGAUAACACAUGAGUCGUGUUUGUUUGCCAAAGUCUAGAUUAUUGUCUUUGUCUCCAUAGCUCAUUAAAGUGCAGCUCCCACAUUCAGGUGAAAAUUGCCAACUAUUUCUCCCUCUGUCUCUGUCUCUCUUUAAAGGAAUGAUGGUUUGUAUUUCUGACAGCAUCAUGCCACUCAGGUGGCUUACCUAGCUCUGGCCUGCUUUUGCCCCCCGAACCUUAAAUCCAACAUGUAAAUACUGGGAAACAACCAAUAUAAAAGGAAAAUAAGAAAUGGGAGGACAUUUUUAUAUAUUUCAUUUAUUUCAAAAUAUUUGGGCAAAAUCUUCCCAAUGCAGCUUAUAGAAGAGCAAAGACAUAUAGAUUGUAAUAAAACCACAAUCCAAAACUAAAAAUAAUUGCUAUUACAUUAUUAAUAAUUUGUCAGGUUUUCCAUGAAGGUGUCUGAAAGCGACUUACAAGUAGAAACAAGAAAAUUAUGAAAUAUUAAAAAUAAUUAUUAAACAUUGUAUAAGCAUUGGGGCAGUAAAACAGUAGCACUUAAAAACAACACAGGAACACUGCAUAUUAAAAAGCAGUGUUAGCAGGGAGGAAGUGUUCAGACUCUUGUUUAAAAGUCACUAGAGUCAAACCUUGGUUUCUGAACGCCUUCGUUAUCGUGCAUUUUGGCUCCCAAACGCCAAAAACCUGGAAGUAAAUGUUCCAAUUUUCAAACGUUUUUUGGAACCUGAAUGUCCGACACGGUUCCGCUUGAGUGCGAGAAGCUCUUGCAGCCAAUUGGAAGCCACGCCUCGGUUGUCGAACAUUUCGGCAGUCGAACACUCUUCCGGAACGGAUUACGUUCAACAACCGAGGUUUGACUGUAACGUAGAAGCCAUGCAUACUUUGCUAGUGUGAAGGAGAGCCAUAUGCACCUGUUUCUAGUGGCCACAAGUUUGAUGGCAGGCCCCCAUGCAGGGCCUUUGAGCUUAAUCUUAAGGCCUGAACUGGUGUGAGUAUCCAAAUAACCUGGUCCCAAACCACUCAAGCCUUUAAAGGUGAACACCAGCACUUUAAAGUGGGCCAAGAAUCAGGACAUGAACAGCAAGCCAGUGUAAUAGGUGUUAUGUGCUUUGAAUAGGUAGUCCAGUCUUUGUCAGCCUGGUGCCCUCCAGAUGUUUUGGACUUCAGGUGUGGCUGGGGCUAACAUACUCUCCAACAUUUCUCUGAUGAAAAUCAGGACAUCCUAUUCAACAACGGUUGUUGUUGUUGUUGUUGUUGUUAUACCUCGCCCAUCUGACUGGGUUUCCCCAACCACUCUGGGAGGCUUCGAACACAUAUAACAACAUUAAACAUUAAACAUUAAAAAAACCUUCCCUACACAGGUCUGCCUUCAGAUGUCUUCUAAAAGUUGUAUAGUUACUUAUCUAUCUCCUUGGCUUGGGAGGUGCAUAAUUGAGCCAUACCCUCCAACAUUUCUCCGAUGGAAAUAGGGACGUCCUAAGGAAAAGCAAGACAUUCAAAUGAGAAACCAGGACAGCUUCUGUAAAUCCAGGACUGUCCCUGAAAAAUAGGGACACCUGGAGAGUCUGGGCCAAGGAGAGUUAUAGUCCUAGUUGUGGUUCUGUUGUGGCCCAACAAGCAUCUGAGCAGCUGUAUUUUGCACAAGAUAGAUUUAAAGAGCAUCUGUCCAAGGCAGACGUGAAUAGAAUGUGUUGUGGUCAUCUAGUGUGUGUGUAAUGAUGCAAGGACCACUUCCUCCAAAUAGCUUUCUGUAAUUCUAGAGAGCCGCCAGCAAAGGCUUUGCUUAAGGAAUGGGUCUGGUAUCCAAUCUGUAUGUUUCAUAUAGCUUUGUGAAGAACCCAGAAUUUGAAUGGCAUAUUGUGUUUGUGUAGCUGGCAGCUUUGCUUUUUGGCUGCAGAACUGAAUCAAGCUUGUUCUCUGGAGCAUGGCUCCCUAUUUGUAGCCCAGUGAAAAGAUCUAAGUUGGUAUGGAGAUUUUGGCAACCCUGUUUCUAGGCUGCCCUGUGCAUGGGCAUGGGCUUGCAGGGUGGAGUGCUGUGCUGUCACCACCACCCAAAUUAAAAAAUCAAAAUCCCUGAACAUAGAAAAGUAGGAUAUAAGGGGAUUUCUUCAAAUAUGGAAGGAUCUGCCAGCAAUCUAAAGUGAUAAUAGUGCAGAAAUAGAUUUAGACCAACAGAGCAGCCUAACAUUAGCCAGAGAGUGAGCACCUGAUGCCAACAGGGAAAGGGAGGCACAGCUUCUGGCUCCUGCCAGUCACAGCCUUUUCUUGCUUUCUUACCCCAGGCUUCCUUUUCUUCGGCAGUAACCUAGGUUACGCUAGUUUUCAGCUGGAGCUGGGGCCAGGCAACCAUGACCUUCUCUGAUGCUUCCUUCUGCUCAAGUAAAAUUAUUAUCUAUUAAUAGGAUCAGAUGAGCAUUGAAAGGCACAAUUAACUUCCUUGCUCUGGCAGUGAAAUGUGAGUUCAGUUGCUCUUCCGAGGAGGAAGCGUUUAAUUAUGUGUUUUGCCAACCCAACUGCCAACCUCGUAGAUAAGCUAGGGCACUUCCGGGCACUGAUUGCAGAGGGACAGCAUUUUGCUUUGGCACCUUUUCUUGUUCUGCUCUGUCAAUUCCAUCCCUUCAACCAGAACUUGUAUGAUCACAGAAGCUGCAGUGGUGCCUUGAUGUGAGCAAGGCUUCUCUAGGUAAGAGGCUGGUAGUUUAAUGUUUUCAAAGUGGUGGGAAGUUAUGAGGCAAAGCUCCUGGGUUUACUUCUCCUUUGGAUGGGAGAGCACUGUGAGUUGUCUUGGAUCCAACAUCCACCAUGCAUCGAUGAAAUCUUAUAUAAUCAAAACCCAUUGAAAAAGCCUGAAAACACCCUGUUCCACCCCCGUUCUGCCUUUUUAGAGAUUUUUCAGUGAUGUUUUUAUGAUGUCUCCAGGUCACUUUGGGGUUCAGUGCGAUGCACAUAUACACAGUCGCACACAUAUUGCAUGCGCGUAAACUGGGGGCUGUGUUGGGAAACUGUGUACGUGCAGCUACUCACACAUAGUCAAUUAAGGUUUGGCAGACAGCCAGAAGGCAAUCUGAAGGAGUAGGUCUGCCUGGUGAUAACAGAGGCAUGGAGACAGCUCCCUGACUGGUCAAGCUCUCUCAAGGGAGUGAUAAUUAAUGACCUACUAACUGGUAGUUCAGUGGUUCAGUGUGUCAGUGAGUGUAGGAGUUGUGAGUCGUGUCAGAGAGAGCUAGCAAAAGAUCCGUGUUCUGUUCCUGUAAAUAGUCCAUUGUAUAUAAUAAACACCUAACUACAAGUUGCUGGUUCCUGCUUCGUCUAUCCUGUCUGCAGCCAAGUCGCCAAUUGCUUCCGUGGAUUCUGCAUGUAUUCUGCUAAGGUCCUGCAACUAGUUGGAAAGUUGUGAAACACCAAAUAGGUUUUGCCAAUAGGCUGCCUGUAUGCUAUUUGUAUAAAUGUUAAAUGUUGUUAAAGAUAGCUUAUUAACUUUGCUCCACUAAACAUGAUUUGGUUUUCCCCACAGCAUUGCAGUUUGCAUUGAAUUGCAAUUUGCAAAGGUGGUGAUUAAAAAAUAAUAAUUCACCAGUGAAUGAAAUGAAGAUGAUGGUGCUGAAAUAUGGUCACAAAAUAUGACUUAAAGAUGCUGCACUUUGAAACUAAGUGUUGCGGGCAGAAAUUUCUAAGCAGGUGGAGCAUUCUGCAGAUGGAAUGAUUUCCUGUUGCCGCUUUUCACGAGUGGCACUACUUCUUAAGGACUCUUUUAUUCCAUCUUUUCCCUUUUCUGACUCUCUUCUUCACAGCCCUUUCUUUCAUCCUCAUUUUCAUUUGGUCUCGUUCUCUGGAUGGUGACUUGGCCCAGCUCUGUGGUACUGCUUUGCAACAAGGACCAGGUUGAACCUGGAGAACCUGCCCCUUGAGAUUCUCCUCCAACUGAGUCCUUUCCACCCCAGCUUGCUGUGGGCAGGUGGGGAGAUAAAUGGCAACCCACCCUGUCUUCUGUAGCAAGCCCAUUCAGGUUAAAGUGAGCAGGCUGCUGCAUCUCUCCAAGGUUUGCUGCUAACUCUUAAUACGCUUGUUCUUUAUAAUCCUUUGUUUUAUAGGGAAGGGCCCCCUAAUGAUCCAUAGUGGACUCUCUGGCACACUUCCCCCUGUCCCAAGUAUCCACAAGGCACAACCACUGAAUUAGAAACACCAUGAAUUAGAGACAUCUCUCCAUAUGAACUGACCCAAACCUUGCACUUGUCAUCUGAGGCACUUCUGUAUGUCCCUGAGAGGUUCGGAGAGAACACAAGAACAGGCCUUCUCUGCAGUGGCUCCCUGACUGGGGAAUGCUCUUCCCAGAGAGGCUCGCCUGGCACCAUCAUUACAUGUCUUUAGAUGGCAGGUGAAAAUGUUCCUCUUUACCCAAGCCUAGGCUAUUAAAUAACUUAUGGCCUCUUAAAUGUUGGGGGGCGGGGAAGGAGAUUGUUAGUAUGACUAUUUUAUUAUUAUGCUUUGCAUUAUGUAAUUAUUAUGCUCUGUAAAAUGAUGAUGUACAGCACCCUGGGAGCUUUUGAUAAAGGUUGGUAUAUAAAUUGAAUAAAUAAAAAUAAUAGAAUAAUAGGAUUGAAUAGUUGCAAGGUACCUCCAAGGGUCAUCCAGUCCAACCCCCUGCAAUGCAAGAAUCUCCACUAAAGCACCCAUGACAGAGGGCCAUCCAGCUGCUUAAAAACCUCCAAGGAAGGAGAGUCCACAACUUCCCGAGGGAGUCUGUUGCACUGUUGAACAGAUCUUGCUGUCAGAGACAGUAGCUUGCUGCUCCUCAGCAGUCUUCUGUGGCCUUCUGCUCUCCUUCCACGCCCACCAAACUCCAUACCCAGCCAGUGAGUUUUGCAUUAUCAACUGCUUUUUCUCAAUCAAACUAAAAGGCUUCCUUAAAUAAAACAAAAUCCACCCCCAUGUUUAUUUAAUAUUAAAACAAAUCCUAAAAAAUAAGUAGGAACACUAAAAGGUUUCCUAAGCAGCUUAGCCAGCCUGUUCCCACAUCUCUACUGAGGAAUAUGCUGCUAGGCAGUUUUGUCUGGUAGUUGUCCAGCCAUCUCAUGUCAGCUCCUGCUUGGAUCCCCUCCCCCCCGUCAAGCAGAGCUUCCCAUCCUUCAUGACGGCAGCAAGUAGUGGCCUCCGGUCCUGGCUGACCAGCACUGGACUGUUUCUAGGGUAGUAGGAUUCCUAGACCGGAGCACAGCAGGCAAGUUUGCUUUUGUCUUUCUAGAAAUGGUGCCAUGAUCACGGCAGCCUGGAACUGCUGAGUGUGUGUGAAGUCAAACGGUUACAUAAAGAAAAACAAACCAAAGCUGCUGGCUUUUGUAAGCUGUGUGCACUUGACUUUCUCCUGUUGCACUGGAGUGUGUGAUUCUGGAGGUUUAUGCUAGGCUUGGUUGUAGGGAUAUGGGAGGACGAAGCUGUCCUGGUGUGUUUGUCCAGGGGUUCUCCCCCUCCCCAUGCACAGGCUGAAAAGGCACUUUGGUUUGUGGGAAGAAGCGGUCGCUGGUAGCCAGGGGGCAAAAUCUUAAUACUUCCACCUGCUGAGAUCAUUUCUGGGCACUGUUCCCACAACAGACCCAGGCUUGAAAAAUAUGUUUCCUCACAUAACUUUUUCCAUUUUUAUUCCGCUCUGAUGGAAAUGGAAGUUUGCGUUCCUUUGGCUGAUGGCGAACAUCCAUCAAGGUGACACUUCCCCUCCUGUUUGUCAGGAGCCAGGAGGGUGACGCAAAGGACCAAAGCAAUGUUAUUGCAACUCCCACGCUAACAAGAUGCUUCCUUAACAUUUCGGCUUCAAAGGGUAAACUCUGGGUUCCAUCAAAAGAACCCUGCAGUCCCCAAUGGUGCUGUCUGUGGCCAUGAUCCGGAUGUUAAGGAACUCAACAGGGAAUUGUUAACCCACCAAGGGUUCAUAGCAGACAGUUACACAUAUAUCCUCAUGGCCAGCUCCUCUUCCUGCUGCUCAUUUGCUGGGUCAAUGUUUGUUUGUUUGCUUAAAACAAUUUUCACUGGUUUUUAAAAUAAAUACUAGAACCAUUAAACACUUAUGCACCAGUACAUCUAAUGGUGUUUGUUCCAUCUAUUGACUUUAGACAUAAGCUUCCAUAUUCAAUAAUAGUCAAACGUAUUACGUAACAUAACCUCUCCACUGAGAAGAUUCAGCGGUUAGUAUAACAAGGUCUUGAUUUGGGUUGGGUCUUGUUUGCAGCUAGAUCCCCUCUGUUCUUCUGAGUAGACCAUUCCUCAUGAGGGGACCUCUGGCGACAGAGCCAUCUGGCAGCUUCUAUGGAGGCUCCAGCAUUCCAGAGGAGAAAGGAGUUGUGGGCUUCCCAUAGGCAUCUGGUUGACCUUUCUGAAAAUGGGAUGCUGGAAUAGAUGGCCCACUGGGCAGAUCCAGCAGCCAGGCCCUUCAACCAAGUCCACUGUAGCCUUUACUCCUGAGGCCUGGGGGGCAAAUCACAUCAAGGCAGGGCUUGGGAUGUGGUCAGAGAGAUUACUAGGAGGCCGAAGUGAAGCAUCCAUGUUGUGGGUUCCUUCACACCCACAGCUGUACUAGAAGGGGCCCCAAUCCUCUUCUUCUGAAAAGAUGCUCCUGGGUUCUGGGAUGUUAGCUGGCCAACUGCAGAGGGCAUCUCUUUGUUGAUCUUCUCUUUGUACCUUCUGCAUGCCAGUUUCCUUCCACUGAUGUAAAAAACUAUCUCUGGGUUGGGAAACAUUUUGCACAUUUUCUGUGCAAAAGGAGCAGGAAAGGGAAGGAAAUAAACCAGAGAUAGAUCCAAAAAUAUUAGUACUGGCUUCCCUGUUGCCAAUACAGUGGUGCCCCGCAAGACGAAUGCCUCGCAAGACGAAAAACCCGCUAGACGAAAGGGUUUUCCGUUUUUCGAUGCGCUUCGCAGGACGAAUUUCCCUAUGGGCUUGCUUCGCAAAACGAAAAAGUCUUUCGAGUCUUGUGAUUUUUUUUCGCUCCCCCCCCCCUUUUUCUAAGCCACUAAUAGCCUUUUAGCCGCUAAGCCGCUAAGCCUUUAAUAGCCGCUAAACCGCUAAUAGCGCUAAUCCACUAAGCCGCUAAUAGGGUUGCUUCGCAAGACGAAAAAACCGCUAGACGAAGAGACUCGCGGAACGGAUUAAUUUCGUCUUGCGAGGCACCACUGUAUCUUUUUCAUAGCUGGUUUUUGGCUGUUGUUGCGCCUGUGAUUCCUUCUGCCAACCACAGAACUGUUAAUGGCACAGGACUUUCCUUUUAGUUACAUGUUGCCAAAUCCUGGUUUUUCUACGCUUUCACUUGUGGGUUCUCCAGGAUGCUCAUAAAUAGCGCUUUUCCCUGUUAGCAAACAAAGCAGAUGGUCUGAUAGCAGAUGGAGAUGGUCAUUAGUCUUCAUAGAUCAGUGCUACAGAAAGAGGAAACGAGAGGGCCUCUGCUUUGCUCUGUCUCCCGACAGUGCAAUCAGUCAGCUUGAUAGACAGGCUGGGUAGAUGGCAUCUUUAUUGAUUCCUUGAGGCAGCACAGAUGAUGGAAAUUCUGCAGUUGGCUGGUUAUAUACAACAAGCAGGGGACCUGCAACAAAAGGUCAGAGCAGGUUAAAUGUCAGCAUGGUUAGGCAUCUGCUAGACUGGAGGCUCACAUCCCAGCACGGGGUCCACUGGCAAGAGCACCCUGGACCUGCUGCAGUGUGUAGGUAAACUCAAUUGAGGGAGGGGUGUCAAGGGUGUCUUGCCUAAAGGGUCUCCAAAAUCCAGAGCUGGCACUAUGUUCAAGCAAGCCAGUUCCAUUUCUCCCUUCACACUCCUACUUUUCCUAUUCUUAAUUUGCAACUGAUACGCAGUGUUCUAACAGCUCCUGGAAGCCACACUGUACAUGCUUCAUUCUCAUUGGGCUCUUUCAGGUGUUGUAGAGAGUUGACCCUUUUGUUUCCCAGUGUUGUACCUCUAUAUACCUUGAGGCUUGCUGACCUACCUCUUUCUUCUCCUGUUGAUACUCAGCCUAUUGAGUUUUGCAGGAUGGGUUCUAAUAGGUAGGAGAGGAUGUAUUACCAUAAUUACAAUAUAUCCCUCCAGGCACCCACGUGUGUGGGUUGAAUGGAGUUUUGAAAUCCCACCAUUGGCAGCAAAAUUAAAAGCAUAGGAAUUAGGCUAUAAAACCUUGCUUUGAGCAAGUCCAACUAACGAAGUAAGCUGGCUUCCCCUUCUUAUCCCGCUUAACAAAGAAUCAAAACAGUAAGUAAGUUGAAGAUAUUUUUUACUUCCUUAAAGGUCUUGCCCUUGUUUUCAGCAAACAGCAGGCAAAAAUAAUUUUAGGUUAGAAAAUGCAUAGUUGAAUUCUAAAACACAGUCUACACUCAGGGAGACAUCCAUCUCCACUGAAGACAUGGUGAAGGAGAUAUCCAUCUUUCCAUCAAAGAGAGAGUUACUGACAGGAAGGAGAAGGUUUUUUAUUUCUCAUUUCUUCCUGCCACUGGAAGCAGGGGAAAUGACACCACACAGAGCUCUCUCUCCACUAAAUGCAUUCCUGUGGUUUGAGUCUGCCUAUCUAUAAAUUUAUAGCUCUGUGGUCAUUAGCCCCUAGACUUACUAAUUAACAAGAACAGGGGUGCCAACUUGAAUAAAAUAUUGGGGGGAAGGUAAGCCCCGCCCCACAUAAUCCAUCACAAGAUGUGGCGCAUCAACUUAGGGGGGGGGCAACCUCCUCCAAUAUUUUAUUGGGGAGGGUACUUAAAGGACCCUAGGAGCUGGCUCCCACGAACAAGAAUAUGCAUUGUUAGUUUUUUGUUUUGUUUAUACUGCAAAUCUCCCACAAGUUUGCUGUUAGAAGGAUUACAGGGAGAUGUUUCUCCUGCUAUAAAGGUAGUUAUUUGGGACUGAAGCAGUUGGUGUAUAUACAUACUUGGAUGUUCCUACAAAUGUUAAGACUGUGCACCCCUUGCUUGGUAGCCUGUGAUAGGUAAGAAUUGCUGUUGGGCAAGCAGGCAGGGAAGCCUUUGAAGAGGAGCACAGUUUGGAUCUUUACAGCAAAUCAACUUUGGUGUGCUGCAUUUCCAUGGCAGAAACACUGGGAAAUAGAAUGGAAAUGCUUUGUGGGAAUGGAGUGAGUUGAGAAUUGGGGGUUUCACUUGUGCUGGUACUAAGAGCGGGCAGUGUGGAUGUCAUUAGCCCAGCCUUGUAAAAAUAACCACUCUUCUGUUUGCCUGCGAUGAGACUGUUAUGAUUUGUCUGAGCCUAGUGCAAACUUUUCACAAAGAGCAGAAAUGAAAUCCUUUUUAUCUUUUGAAAAACAGACAAGGAAAACCUAGUUUGUGUUGAGCAAGCAGAAGAUUGGCUGGUAUCCUUCAAUUUCUUCUGGGUCUCUUUGUUUUGGAUUCCUGGGGUGGCUGGUGGGAAUUGUAAUAUGGAGGGUGCCCCAGAGCUUUAAUUCAAGUUCUCUGUCUGUCUGUCCUAGAGAAGCAUCUGAUACAGAAACUCCCUGUUCAGAAUGCUGCUGGUGUUUUUAGUUCCGUACACUGUUUCUGAUUUGGUUACAUCAAUUCUGGGAAGACCAGGAAGUGCCACAUAGGACAUAUGGGCUGAUUGAUUGGUUAUUUAAUUUCUUAUUCCACUUAAUAUGUUAAAAACAUUUCUAAGCGGUGUACAGAAAACUGAAGCAACAGCAGACAACUUAAACAAAAUAUUACAAAAAUGCACAGGUAGAUAUAAAAAUGUUACAUUAAUUAAUACGAAGUUAGAAGUACUUAUAUAUAUGUCACUAUUAUUUCAUUGAUAUUGCUUACAUUAAUUUAUUCAAUUACAUCAGGAUCAAUGAAUUUAUUUUUGUCAGUGACAGCCAACACCUUUUCUUCUUUUUCACUCUUACUAAAUUUGCCAUCAAUCAAUCAAUCAAUCAAGCCAUAAGCAUUAUCUACAACUUCAUUCCUUGCCUCCAUGGGAUCACUGGCUUAGCCCAAGCUCCAUUGACAUGGAGCUAUUUCCCCCUCUGUGCUUGGUUAGGUGGGAUUGAAACCACCUUGUGAUUUCAGUACUUGUCAAGUUGCCUUCAUUUAUUUGUGAAAUCUUGAGAGCACUUUUUUAAAAAAAAUUGCUGUCUUUUGCAUCUACACAGGACUUUUAACAGCAGAUUCAGGAAUGUGGGGUGCAAGUUUUGUCCUGUGCAUCAUGUGCCAGACUUAACGCUGACCCCAAGGUCUCAUUCCGCCUGGCCCAUAGCUGGAUGUUCUGGACUAAAGUUUGUUAUGUUGUCUGUUAACCAAAGUUGGUUUAAACUUUAGUUAAUAGCUGAAGAUAUCUUCCUGCCUUUUUAUCUUGUGUAAACACUAUUAAUCCCAAGAGCUGCCUUUUGCUAACCUUCAUGGACACCUGCAGGGUAUGUGGAUUUAAUGUGUAACCACCAUCCCUUUGGCUUCUAAGCUAGCCUCUGGCAUUUCCAACAGCAACAUUUACCUUAAAUACUCUGGGUUGAGACCCAAUGGGGUUGCAUCCAAUGCUAGUCCUACUUGGAGUAGACCCAUAUAAAUUAAAAGCACAAAUAACGUUGGCCCGUUCAUUCCAGUGAGUCUACUCAUGAAUAGAACUUGGUUGACCACAACCAUUGCCUGUCUGUAUACCCUCUUGAGUAUAGGUUCUAUGACAUUGUCGUGUGUGAGCUUAGGGUCCUCCCCCCCUCCCCCGAUUGCCAUAAUGUCACUCAACAAAACAGAUGCCUGGAUAGGAGGCAAUUUGUAUCCCCAUCAGGGCACUGGCUUCUGCCCAAUCCAGUCCUAUGCCUAAUUUAAUCCCUCCCCACUUUUAACGCUAAUGCCAAAAUCACUAGGGUCUUGGAGGGCUGGAUCAUGCCCCUGAACUGAGAGUUAGCCACUGCUGCCCUAGACUUAAAAGCUACAGUCUAACCUAAGGUAAAGGCAAAGGGACCCCUGACCCUUAGGUCCAGUCGCGGAUGACUCUGGGGUUGCAGCGCUCAUCUCGCUUUAUUGGCCGAGGGAGCCAGCAUACAGCUUCCGGGUCAUGUGGCCAGCAUGACUAAGCCGCUCCUGGUGAACCAGAGCAACGCAUGGAAAUGCCGUUUACCUUCCCACCGGAACGGUACCUAUUUAUCUACUUGCACUUUGACAUGCUUUCGAACUGCUAGGGUGGCAGGAGCAGGGACUGAGCAAUGGGAGCUCACCCCGUCGGGGGGGGGGGGGAUUCGAACCGCCUACCUUCUGAUCGGCAAGCCCUAGGCUCUGUGGUUUAACCCACAGCGCCACCUGCGUCCCACACAGUCUAACCUACUUGAUUUGAAAAAGGGCCAGUGAAAAUUCCUCAACUGUCCUUGGGUUACAGGUUACUUAGAUUCUGGGGAUCCGGGAUGAACAUUGUGCUUUGGAACUGGCACUCCCUGAUUGCUUGCUUCUGCCCCUCAUAACAAUUUUUAUUUUAUUUCAGUAACAAUUCCUGCCUUACUUGCAGCUUAUGAAUAAAUAAACACUGCCUUAAAACAAACAUAGGUUGGCUUUAAAAAAUGCUCAAGGUGCUGGCCCUGAAUGGCUGAACUUGACCACAAAGGGAAGGAGGAGUGGAACACCAUUAUGGGGUUCUGCUGGGGAACAAGGAAUUGCCUGAUUCCAAGUGGUAUAGGGCUCCAGCUUCCUCAGCCACAUUUUUGCAUUACCACUGGCAUGGUUCUGUUACAUCUUAAAAUCCUUACCCACAUUCUUGCUGGCACACACCCCAUAUUGCUGGCUCUAACACUGCAACAUUCUCUUCUCUUAGAUCCUUGGGAAGCAUUGGACAUUUUACACAAUUGUCCAGAAUGCUAGAGAAAACCAUGGCAAGCUUCGGCAAGAAGCUGAUCCGGCAGCGCACAGUGGACCUCAGCUCUGAUGAGACCCAGUUAGCUCGUUGCCUCUCCACCCUGGACCUGAUAGCUCUUGGUGUGGGCAGCACCCUUGGGGCUGGUGUCUACGUUUUGUCCGGGGAGGUGGCCGUGGACGACGCAGGCCCUUCCAUCGUGCUCUGCUUCUUCAUAGCGGCUGUCUCAUCAGUGCUAGCUGGCCUGUGCUACGCAGAGUUUGGAGCCCGAGUGCCCAAGGCUGGCUCUGCCUACCUCUACAGCUAUGUCACAGUUGGGGAGAUCUGGGCCUUCACCACAGGAUGGAACCUCAUUCUCUCCUAUAUGAUAGGUAUGUGCCGUUCGGCUCAGAGUCAAGGAGGUGACUUUGAAUGAGCAGACAAGAAUGAUUUCACCCUGAGAUCAGGUGCAAAGAAACAGGUUUGCCUGCAGCAAUGCAUCAAAGAAGCACCCUUCUCAGCGCCCAAACCCCUCAGGAGUAGGGGGCCACCUAGACUUACAUUACUCAUUACUUACAGAUUCAAAUAGCAUAACAGUUCAGUCACGGUUGAGAAAUAAUUUUAUGCAUAGUUUAUUUAAAAUAUUUGGGGGGCCGUUUCCCCCCGACUGAACUAUAUCCAAAAGAAUUUUACUAAAAAUUACUAAAAUAUAGAGAGGAGGGAUACAGUUCAGAAGGAAUUAAUAUCAAAACAGCAGCACAGAACUAAAACUACUAAGCAGCCAGGAGGUUUAAUUUGCCUCCUUAAUGAUGUUGUGGCUCCUUUACUACUCAGAGAGGGGUGAUUCUCAAAUGAAGCUUCAAUGGGAAAAAAAGCCUCUGUCCGGUCACUACCCAUCUAACCUUACCUAAUAGAGACACCUGGUAGAGAACCUUCUCAGUAGGCAUUGCUUCCUGGCCAACAGUUACUAUCAGCAGCCUCCUGAACCAACUUAACUUUCCAAGUAGUCUUCAAAGGCAGCCCUGCAAUACAGUGUAUUGUAGUAGUCUAAUCUGAAGUUUACCAAACAAGAAUAACAGUGGCCAGGCUAUCUCUAUCCAGAGAGGACAAGUAGCAUUUUGCUUUCUUCUGGAACAAGUGGCUCAUCUUGAUGUUGUGAGUUGUUCUCCCAUAUUCAUCUUGGGCAUCUCUCUGUGGUGUGCUGAGGCCCAUUCACUCUGUAUGUGGCUGGAAGCGGCUGAGGUUGUAUUUGUUAAUGAAGGGCUCUCCUUUUGGUUUCCAGGGACAGCAAGCGUCGCUCGUGCCUGGAGCUCAACCUUUGACAACAUCAUUGGCGGCCACAUCUCUAAUUUCUUCCACAAUCAUACUGCCCUGCAUGUGGAGAAUGUGCUGGCUAAAUAUCCUGACUUCUUUGCUCUCUUUCUGGUUUUGCUGCUUACAGGUGAGGCAAUCUCUGCAGCGGUAAGGACCUUCUUCCUUGGCAAUAAUCAUAGACUUGUAGAGUUGAGGGGGCAUGAGGACCAUCUAGCUCAACCCUCUGCAAUGUGGGAAUCUAAACUAGAUCAUACAUGACAGAUGGCCAUCCAACCUCGACUGAUUACAAACUUCUAAGGAAGGAGAGUCCACCACCUCCCAAGGGAGUCUGUUACACUGUUGAACAGCUCUCGCUGUCAGGAAGUUCUUCCUGAUGUUUAGUCGGAAUCUCUUUUCUUGUAACUUGAAGCCAUUGGUUCAAGUGCUAUCCACCAGAGCAGGGGAAUACAAACUUGCUCCAUCUUCCAGGUGACAGCCCCCCUCCUCAAGUAGCUUACUUGUCUAACCUCCACAGAAGAAUGAAAGAGGGAGAGAGCCUCAACAGAUCUUAAAUCAAUGCAGAGGUGGAAUCAGGGUUCUCCUGAAAUAUGCCAGUGACAGACUGUUUAUGGAGCACUGUAGUUCAGAGCCCCAUGAAUAGGUUCUUCUGCUCUAGAACGUGUUGUGAAGGUGAUCAUAAUCGUUAACCCAGCAAGCCUGGAGGCCUGCUCCCAAGAGACUUGGCAUAAAUCUGUGCCCCCAUCUCUCACUCUCUUUCAGGUUUGCUGUCGUUUGGUGUAAGUGAAUCUGCCCUGGUGAACAAAAUCUUCACAGCUAUCAACUUACUGGUCCUGAGCUUUGUCAUCAUUGCUGGCUUUGUGAAGGGAGAUGUCAAGAACUGGACCUUAUCCAAGGAAGAUUAUCAGAACCACACAUGGAAACACGAGGCUGGAAGCAGGUAAGGGCCCUUCUCCCCGUGCAUAACAUCUGCCUGACCUUCUCCCCAAGCUUCUGUUAAGUUUAGGACGGGAGGCAGCAGACUGUCCUGCUCUGUGGAGAAUAGUAUCUGGGUGCAGGUGGCCACCCACUCACUGCUCCCAGUUUUUAUUAUGGUGCUGUGCAGCACAUGGUUUUAGGGCAAUGUGACUGGUUUCCCCUCUCUGGGCACUGAGCAGGCACCAAGCAGAGAGGGCAUCCAGUAAGCACUUGUCCCCACUAUAGGAAGGAGGCCUGAGGACUCUGACAGGGUCCUAGAGUCUUCUUCCUCCUUCCCUUAGCCUAGUUAGUGCUUUUUCCAGCUUUAGGAAGGAGGUAGGAAGGCUUUAGGACCCUGUCAAAGCCCUUGCACAUUCUUCCUAAAACCCGACAGUGCAACAGUGGGGGCACCAAAUUUUGGCCUAGCUCAGGGCACCAUAGUACCAAAGUCCAUCCCUGGCUAAAGCAGGGGUGAAGAGGAAAGGAAGUAGCAGCAGAGAGGAGCCAGUUUGGAGAGGCCCUCAUGGUUCAUGGAUCAGCUGUUCUAGGGGGAGAUUUAAUUCAUCAAGUAUACAUAUUCCUGAGUGGCCCAUCAGGAGGUUGUUCUCCUACGUUUUGGCUUCCUUGAAUGUUGCUGAAGCACAUCUUUCUUUCUCUUGCAGCAUCGGGCGCUUUGGCAGUGGUGGCUUCUUUCCCUUUGGCUUCGAGGGGGUCCUCUCUGGGGCUGCCACGUGCUUCUAUGCCUUUGUUGGAUUUGACUGCAUUGCAACCACAGGUAGAGUAUCUGCAUUUGAGGGGUGUGGCGAAUAGGUGAGAAAUUCCCUUCUGUAUUUCCACAUACCCUGGAGGUGUGUAUUUCCACAUACCACAGGCAGGUGUGCAAUCAAGAGAGAGGGAAAUGCCACGCUCAGCAACUGGGAGUGAGCUGCGUGCAUCAACAGGGCCCUCUGGCAUCUCUGCUCUUCUCCCAGGGCAAGGCUGAGCUGCUGUUCCGUACUGUGCUUUCAGCAGGAAGUUUCUGCUUGUGAUCUGGGGAAAUAAGUCAUUAGCAAUGCAACUCCCUGCAGCAGUGCAGUGCCUCACCUGGAAGUUCCCAAGACCCACUUCAUAUGAAAUAGUUCUCCUGCCUAGAGAUGUUCUUUGCCUGAGUAGUAGAUUUGCAGGGCAAGUAAACAACCCCUGCACUGUGCAGAUUCACAUAUUUGAAGUAAUGUGGUGUGGUGUGAAUUAUGUGUGCAGGGUGGGGUCCAAGGCUGUGCCUGUCUUGGGUAUAGUAAAUGAGAGAGGAAUUUGCUGGAAUCUCAUCUGAGUUGUUCUGUUCAGUCUGCAUUUUAAUGUGAGCCUCAUUCAAACAAGUUACAUAAAUCAAGACACAGCUGCCUUUUCUGAAUUUUGGUGGCAAAAUUCUCCAGCAAAAAAAAGGGGGGGAGUGCAUAUUAAGAGGAAUUGCAGAGAUGCAGUCAUCAGGGCAAAACUGUGCACACAAAAAACAUAUAUAUGGAGACAAACGCGCAUGAGAAAUUUCGUGGUGACUUUAAGAAACAAGCACAAAAUAAUGUGGAAAUGGGACAAACUGACUUUAAGAUUAAGAGGUGCGAGAAACUGAAGUUGAUAGUUUUCUUCUGUCUCGACCCCUUUCUCCAGGUGAGGAAGCGCGGAACCCUCAGCGCGCCAUGCCCAUCGGCAUCAUUGCCUCACUCCUGAUCUGCUUUGUGGCUUACUUUGGGGUUUCUGCUUCCUUGACCUUGAUGGUGCCUUACUACUUGGUGAACAAGGAGAGCCCCCUGCCUGAUGCCUUCAAGGCUGUGGGGUGGGAGCCAGCCCGCUACGUGGUAGCUAUUGGCUCACUCUGUGCCCUCUCCACCAGGUAAGGGGUAAGGAAAAGCAGCAUGCAGUGAAUUUUCUACUGCUGUUACAUAGGAAACGUGAAGAGCUGUGUUAGCUCCAGUGUCUGAUCCUCAUAGUAUUGCAUAUGUGGACCCAGUAUUAUUAUUAUUAUUAUUAUUAUUAUUAUUAUUAUUAUUAUUUUAUUUUAUUAUAUUAUUAAUGAAUUAAUUACAUUUGUACACUGCCCUUCAUUCAUAGAUCUCAGGGCAGUUCAUGACAUAAAAAUACAUAAUAGAAAUAAGAAUGAAGAAUCCCUGCUCCCACAACACAUUUUAAAAGGGCAUCAGAUGUCAAUCAGCCAAAGCCCUGGUUAAAGAGGAACGUUUUCGCCUGGCUCUUAAAGGUGUAUAAUGAAGGCGCCAGCUGGACCUCCCUGAGGAGAGCAUUCCACAAAUGGGUUGCCACUGCAGAAAAGGCCCGUUCUUGAGUUGCCACCCCUGGACCUCUUGUGGAAGAGGCACACGAGGAAAGGCAUCAACUGAUCUUCUCAGGGUCUGGGUUGGUUUGUAACAAGAGAGGCGGUCCUUGAGGUAUUGCGGGUCUGAGUCAUUUAAGACUUUCUAGGUCAAAACUUGAAUUGGGCCCAGAAGCUAAUUGGCAGCCAGUGCAGUUGGGCCAGGAUCAGCAUAAUAUACUCAAAUCAUCUUGACCUGGUGAGCAAUCCUGGCUGCCAAAUUCUGCACCAGCUGAAUUUCCAAACCAUCUUCAGAUGCAGCUCUGCAUACAAUGCGUUUCAGUAAUCUAACUUAGAGGUAACCGGAGCACAGACAACAGAAAUUAGGUUCUCCUUGUCCAGAUAGGGGUGUAGCUGGGCCACUAGCUGAAGCUGAUGGAAGGCAUUCAACGCCACCUGAGCCUCAAAGGACAGCAAUGGGUCCGGAAGCACCCCACAAGCUGUGUAACUACUCCUUAAAAAGAAAUGUAACCCCAUCAAGAGCAGGCAGCAUCCCAGCCAUCUGGUCUAGGGAACUACAGUGGUGCCCCGCAAGACGAAUGCCUCGCAAGACAAAAAACUCGCUAGACGAAAGAGUUUUCCGUUUUUUGAGUCGUUCCACAAGACGAAUUUCCCUAUGGGCUUGUUUCGCAAGACGAAACGUCUUGCGAGUUUGUUUCCUUUUUCUUAAAGUCGCUAAGCCGCUAAGCCGUUAAUAGCUGCUAAGCCGUUAAUAGCCGCUAAGCCGCUAAUAGCCGUGCUGCGCAAGACGAAAAAACCGCAAGACGAAGAGACUCGCGGAAUGGAUUAAUUUCGUCUUGCGAGGCACCACUGUAUCCACUAACAGUAUCUCAGUCAUAUCUGGAUUGAGCUUCAGUUUAUUGGCUAUCAUCCAGUCCGUUAUCAAGGCAAGACAAUGGGUCCAGCACUUCCACUGCCUUACCUGCAAAUAAUAGCCUUUGCCAGCCCUACCUGAAGAGCCCAGGGACUGAACCCAGGACCUUCUUCAUGCAAAUUGUGUACUCUGUGGCAUCCCCAUUCCCUUCAUCUGCCACAGUUUUCCUCUUAGUUUAGUUGGUUUCAGCAUUUAAAUCCUACAAUCCUACUGUUGGAAGAGUAACUAACAAACAGAAGCUUGCCCAGUGGAGAAAAUGCCAAAGAGCUGUAAUCUAUAAAACAAAUAAAAAAGCAGAUAAGAUAAAUCAAAUCAUCAGCCAUACUUUAAAAGACCAGCAGGCAACACAAGGAGUCAAAAGGCUAUUAAAUGCCAUUAAAGGCUCAAGUGAAGUGGGCGCACUUUGCCUAGUACCUUCAAGGGUCGUACCAAAGUGUGAGGCAAACAUGUCUCAGGAUAGAGUUCCCUGAGCAUGGAUGCAACUACAGAGAAAGCCCUUGCCCCAGUAGCUGCUUACCUGUCAAGCGUAGGUCAGCAAUCAGAGCAAAACACAGUGUCAGUGAAGUUAAUUCUUUAUUCAAGAAACCAAAACGGUGCAGACCUAGUGGUCCUGGUAGGUCUUGGUAGGUCUUGCUCCAACAAGGCAGUUGCAAGGACUGAAGGUCCCCGCCAUCUCCCAACACUUCCUAAGGCUCCUCCUCUCCAGGUUCUUUCCAAAGCAAUUGGAAACUGCACCUGUGCACACCCCUCCUCUGCUUUGCCCUCUUCAUUUCAUUGCGUGUUCUAGGAGACCAAAGAGGAGGAGCUGGUCACAGCAGGACUGCUCCCUCUAUCUUCCACUUCCACCUCAGAGUCUGAACUGCCCCCUGCCUGUUCCUGCUCACUAAACUCUGUUACCCCUUCAGCUUCUGACACCUCCUUCUCCCAGUCUGCUCCCUUUUCCCUCUGGCCAGCACCAUCAUCCCACCACCAGUUUCUGGGCUCGCUGUUGGGUGUACCUCAGCUGGUGCCUCCCACCACUCUGCAUCCAGCCAAUCCAUGCAUUAUCUAAGCUUGGGACAUAGCUGCCUCCAUCCUAGAAGAUGGUAUGGUGGAUGUGGGAGUAGACAGUGUUUUGGACACCCUGGGCUUCAGGCUCCUUAAGUCAGGCCAUCAACUUGAUUUGAACCCAGAAGCAGACCAUGAGGGUAACUUGUGCUAAGGUGGCCACAGACUUCGUUCAUGAGCUGUUGGCCAUCUGCAUUCUCUUUGUAUGGAAGUUCUCAGAUAUGCCCAGGUCUUGAUUUUAUGUCUCUUCCUGCCCAAUGCAGCUUGCUUGGUUCCAUAUUCCCAAUGCCACGGGUGAUCUAUGCCAUGGCUGAAGAUGGACUACUCUUCAGGUUUCUGUACCGGGUCCACAGCCGAACCAAGACUCCCUUAGUGGCCACUGUUGUGUCAGGCAUCAUUGCUGGUAUGGAUAUCUUAGUGGGUCUUUGUCCUUUCGCCCUCUACACUUCCAUCACCAUUACCGCUCCUAGUGGUGCAGCAAUAAAAUUGCUAGCAAAUUUGAAAAGCUAAGCAGAGUCUAUUAUAGUUUCAAGUUGGAUGGGGGACUAUGUGUUGAUAUACUUGCAGUGCAGGGGAUUGGACUACAUGACCCUUGGGGUCCCUUACAACUCUAUGAUUCUAUCCAGUGUGGCGUAAUGGUUAGAAUGUUGGACUGUGACCUGGAAGAGCAGGGUUAGAAUCGCCAUCCAGCCAUGAAGCUCCCUGGGUGACCUUGAGCCAGUCAACAUCUCUUAGCCUAAUCUACCUCAAAGGUUUGUUGUGAGGAUGAAAUGGGGAGGAAGCAUGAACCACGUACACCACCUUGAGGUCCUUGGAAUAUAAAGGUGGUAUAUAAAUGUAGUAAAUAAAUAAGUAAGCCAUCCCAUGAGUCAUAUGGGGCUAUUAUCUUGCAGGUCUAAUGGCAUUUCUCUUUGAGCUGAAGGACCUGGUUAACCUCAUGUCCAUUGGCACUCUGCUGGCGUACUCCUUGGUUGCUGUUUGUGUUCUCAUCCUCAGGUGGGUACUUCUUGGAGUGAGCAGCACUCCACACAGAGUUCUCCAAGCCAUGUCUAGGCCUGGUGGAUGCUCCUUUGCAGAAGGACUGACAGGGAAUUGCAGUUUCCUUUUACUUAACUCUGCCUUUGCUGAUAGAUACCAGCCUGACCUGUUCGCUCCCUCCAAAGACUUGGAAAUGCUUGAGAUGAAUGGAAGUGAAGAAGAGAAGGUGGUGAUUAAUCUCUCUCUCCGUGAUGGCCAUGUGGCCCUGAAAGACAAGUUCACCUGGAGGCGCCUUUUCUGCCCUUCCGGAGAUGUUCCAACUUCCAUCUCAGGGCGCAUUGUCUACAUCAGCAGCACAGUUGUCUGUAAGUGCUGGCAUGUGCAGGGUCUAAACUGUGCAUGUUUGCUCACCUGGAUGGGCAAAGCCGGAGUGCACCACAGGGGUGAUGCUGAGCCCCUGCUGCUUCCCAAGGCAGAGCUCCGGUUUGGCUGUGGAGAUGGAUGUGAGUGGGUGGGUUAGCUCAAAGCAUAAGUGCUGCAUGUUCUGACUCUGAUAUUUCCAGUUAAAACAGGAAUGAGGAACCUGUGGCCCACCUAUUGUUGGUGGCUAGAGCCAUGAUUCUCAAAGGGUGUGGUAUGCCACACUGAUGUGAUAGGAGAGGAUAGCAAGUGUGGUGGGAAGAUUCAAGGACAACCAACAUUAUAUUUUGGGAAUGAUAUAUGUUCUUAUGUAGCUGAAUUGUUUUCUACUUUCUGGAUGUCCCAUAUUAUAAAGCAGUUGUGUUCUAAAUCAAGUACUACUGGGAGUUGUUUCUUUUUGUUUUCCAAUUUAUCAAUAAAAAAUCCAGUGUGGUGCAAGUAAAUUUUUAUUCUGAAAUUGUGGCCCAGAGGAAAAGAUUUGCGAACCAGUAGGUUAGAGUUUCGGCAAGGACAAGGGAGAGCAGGGGCCAGAUCCCCAGUAAUCCGGGACCAGUCGCUGCCUCUCAGCCCUAGGUUGUGGUGAGAGUAAAAUGGAGGGGGCACAACUAUGUGUGCCACCUUGAGCUCCUUGGAGGAAAGGUGGACUACAAAUUGAAUGAAUGAAUGAAUGAGCCUUCCAUCUUCUCUGGCCCCAACCAUGUGAGUUGGGGCUGAUGUGAGUUGGUGUCCAGCUUCUAGAGGUCUCUGCCUUGAGGUAAAAGAUUCUCAGGUGGAACGAUGGGGCAGUUUUCAGCUCUAUAAAUCUGGCUUUUGGUGGUCUUGUCUUGCAGCUCUGAUGAUCACCACUCUCUGUGGCAUCUUGGCACAACAGUCAGCAGCUCUCAUGCAACGCAGUGUUGGCUGGGUCGUUGCCUGUGUGGUUCUCCUGGUUGUUUCACUCGUUGGCACCAUCAUCAUCUGGAGGCAGCCAGAGAGCAAGACACGCCUCACUUUCAAAGUAAGAGUUCUGGCCAAAGGGCUGCCUUUGCUUGUGGGAUUUUGGGGCACUUGCAUGUGGCAGAGCUGGAUUACCUCAAGCUGGCACAUCAGCGCUUGCCAAGCAAUCUUCUGCCAUUGCUGGAUCUUUUGGGGGAGAGAUAAGCCAUCACAUCUUUCUCCCAUUUCAGAAGUUGUGUGUGUGUGUGUGUGUGUGUGUGUGUGUGUGUGUGUGUGUUUACUUCGUCUUUCCCUCCUGGACAUGAUUACUUGAUGGGUCAUUUCUCUCUCCCUCUAAAGUUUGGGAGUAUUGUGCCCUCUACACUGCACUUAAGGCUUUAGUUCAGCUUGCUUUACAGGACCCCUCUGGUUCUUGCUGGCCUUUGGCUAGGGUUAGGGGGAAGGUGAUAGGGCUCAAGAUGUCCCUUCCUUCAGGAAGUGUUAUGUUCCUGCCUGCAGGAAUAGACUAGGACUUUCUGUUCAUUGUCAAAUUACUGGAAAUGGAAGGGCAGUCCCAGAGAUCCAUUGGAUGAUCCUUUGUUUGCUCCCUUCAAACCUUGAACUCUGAUGGGGGAAGUGGGGGGGAUUCCCAAGUACAGUACAUUCGCAUCUUACAUGCAAUUAACUUGUGUGAUUUCAACCUUGUGUGGUUGAAGUCCACAAAUUAAUUUCACACAAGUUGGACAGCUUAAACGCUCCUUUGCACUGGGCUUUCUGAUGCAAAAAGAGAUUUUAAGCUCCUAGACUUGCUCACCAGGCUCUGGGAGGCUUUAAAGAACUCGUGGGAACUUGGACGGUCCAGGGAGGUCUUGUGAGAGCAGCCCAGAGCUUUAAAAACUCUCUGUCUUGUUUAGAAGAUAAGGAUGGUCAUGCAGGGACAGUUCCAAGGGGAGCAGUUCAGCUGUAUGCGUUUCUGCAGAUAUGUGCCAUCCCCAGAACGUAAACCCCAUACAAGGCACAAUUGUACUGUAGUAUAGGGGGAAAUGAAGAAUUUGCAAUCUGCUCUAGGGGAACUGAGUGACAUCCCUUCUGCAAUAGCAUCUGUUAUGAGAAUCCUCUUCUUCCAAUUGUGUAAAAAGCAAUUAUUUCCCCAACCUACCCCAGCAACUGCAACUAUCCCUACGGAUAACUGCUGCUUGUUGUAGGUACCUGUUGACCUGUAUCUAUGAUAUCACUCAUGACUUAGCAUCACAACCUGCCCCCUCUAUGCCAAUGAAAUUUUGCAAGCAACAUUCUUCUACUUCCCCACAGCUCCCAUCAAUGCAAUCUACUUGGAUGCAGUCUUCCAGUUGAGUGCUCAGCCACUGUUAAUUUAAAAGCAGCGCCAGCCUCCUGCUUCAUUCUGUAAAAGAGCAAGACAACAGUCUCCUUCUGCACAGCCUCACUAUUUCAGGAACAUGAUGGAACUGAUGGGAGGAAAGGAUUUUCAGGAGAGGAUCUUUGGAAAAUAUUGAGAAAGCCAUUCUUUCCCCAUGCUUCCUCUCUCCUCCCCUUAAAUACCAUUACUUGGAGACUGGAAAUUUGUACUGGAGGCACAAUAUAGGGGUUGGUCUAAGACUGUGCUUCACCAGCCCCUGCUUUUAGGCUCCCCACCCCACUGCCUGGAAAGUCCCGAUUGAAGACCAGGCUAAGCUUUAAUCCUAAUGGAAAUUGUGGGUGGUAGCUAGUUUUUCCCAAAAGGCAAGGUGUUUUGCAUCCUCUUGCAUUGGGCCUGUUUGUCUUUUACAGGUCCCUGGCCUGCCACUGCUCCCCCUCUUCAGUAUCUUGGUGAAUAUCUAUCUCAUGAUGAAGCUGGAUGCAGGUACCUGGGCCCGUUUUGCUGUCUGGAUGGCAAUAGGUAAGGAGCCACCCUGUCUGUGAAAGCUACCAUAACAGGAAACAGUCCCAAUCUCACUUGGUGGUUCAUUUCUUGGUUGCUAGGGAAGCCUGGCUGUGGAUGCUUUGUGACCAUUGGACUCCAUUUCUCUUCUAGGCUUUGCCAUCUAUUUUGGAUAUGGGAUCCGCCACAGUGUACAAGGACAAGUCACUCCACAGUCUCAGAUAGUGGCAAGCAAACCUCUCCAGCGGGCACCCUCCGAUCUGAGCCAAGAUAGAGAUAUCUGAGAAGAGGAUGUGGUUCUUUCCUUGUCCCCACCUCCUACCCACCACAGGUCCCCUUGAGCUCUACCUGCCUCCUGUGCCACCCCAGGACAAGCAGAUGACAAGCUCUUGGGCAAAUGGUUUCUCCAGCAUGCUGUAGUAUAUCCAAGUCAAUCGUGUCAUCCUGUAGAGCAGGAGGGGAGAGGAAGCACCAGCAGGAAGUGGGGCAGACUCAAGGGAGAGCUGAUUCUUCUGCUCUUGGGGGGAAGACAACCCCCGAGCAAAGAAGCUGCCCCUCCCUUCAUGUCUGUGUUUAUUCUCUUUGGGCCGUGUUGGCAAGAGGUUGUCUUUCUCACAUGUAGAUGUUUGUGAAAGUGUCAGCUUGUCUGCAGUCCAAAAACAUGUCUCUAGACCCUGAAGCUAUAAGUAUUUGUUGCUGUCCUGUUCAUUGUUUGUAUAACGUCAAAACAUUGAUGUUUUGUACGAUUAAAACUCCAAAGGACCAUUUUUAAAAAAAUAAAAAUGUGGGUUUUUUUGUUAUGUU